AAACCUUGAAAACUGAAUAGCCUAUUCGUUAUGCAAACUGAUGACUUCAUGCACUGGGUAGCUUCUAUGAUGUACUGCAGACGAAUUCGAUUAUGCUUGCUUGCAGCAUUUCUCGCCAGCUGUCUAAUAUGCGUUUGCCGUUCAUUUUCUUGCAUGAAACAAAUUCUCAAAAUCAAUCCCAAAAGCAGAUGCAUUUCUAACUGUCGGUGUCUGUACCAAAGAAUCUUGACAGUUCACCGGAGACGAGGCUGCGUAAUUGAAUAGCUGAACUUAGGAUAUCAUAAAAUCGGUUUUCUCAACACUUUGCGCAUCAGUGCGGUGAGAUUCAAGGAAAGCCGAGCUAUAGCUGGAGCCCUGUUGGCGAAGUCUUCAUACUGUGGCGGUUAAAAAGCUUCUAGAAGAUAUAGUGAGACGUGAAGCGCUCCGACAAUGCCUUCAACAGCGCGCGGACGUCUGCUGCACUUUCACUGUUUACUCCUCACACAAUAGGGUCUAAUGCGUGGAAAAUGGUGCAACUGGCAAAAGGCGGAGUAAUCUGGGACUCUUCGGAAGCAUAAGGAAGCAGAGGCAGAAUCAUGCUACUCCCGAAUAAUCUUAAUUUCUCGACUCGUAAACCGCAAAACCAACACGCAUGAAUAUGAUGUUGUCAUGUUUGCGCUCAUUUACCUCACUGUCUCGUUUAAAAACAAGGCAUCAAAGGAAAUUUGCUUCGUAAUUAAACAGACACAUUGAUACGUUUUUAGCCUACUGUUAAUCAGACGUGUUAUUUUAUGAAUUAAAUCGCAGCUCAAAAUGAAAUUUCCAACGGAAAACCCAACAAAACCAGGGAACUGGAACCCUCCACCAGUGCCAGUGCAGACCAACCUGGUACCACCAAAGAAAGUUCAGCCAGGGAUGUUGCAGUCCAGCCUGGUGCAAGCAAGCGUGGCCACCAUGCAGAACCCCAUGGGGUGCUCCUUACCUCGCCUGUCUGUCUCACGACCCACAAGUAUGGUGGCCAGCAUGGAAGCGGUAGCGGAUGGCUCAGCUCUGCUCACCGUCAUGAAGUGGAAGACGGUUUUAGCUGUGUUUGUGGUGGUGGUUGCGUAUCUCGUUGCCGGGGGUCUGGUGUUCAGAGCACUAGAGCAACCCUUCGAGAGCAACCAGAAAGAUACCAUUACUUUGAAGAAAGCAGCUUUCUUGCAGAAACAUCCCUGUGUGACCCCCGAUGAGCUGGAAGAGCUCAUCAAGCACUCUGUGGAUGCAGUUAAUGCUGGAGUGAGUCCUAUUGGAGACACAUCAUACAACUCUAGUCACUGGGAUCUGGGAAGUUCUUUCUUUUUUGCUGGAACUGUGAUCACAACAAUAGGUUAUGGCAACAUCGCUCCAAGCACAGAGGGUGGGAAGAUUUUUUGUAUCCUCUAUGCAAUAUUUGGUAUCCCACUCUUUGGUUUUCUGCUGGCUGGUGUUGGUGAUCAACUGGGGACUAUUUUUGUCAAAAGCAUUGCCAAAGUGGAGAAGAUGUUUAGGCACAAACACAAUCAGAUAAGCCAGACUAAGAUUCGAGUAGCCUCUACAUUGCUGUUUAUCCUGGCUGGGUGCAUCCUCUUCGUCACCAUACCAGCUGUCAUCUUUAAACACAUUGAAGGAUGGUCUGGGCUAGAGGCCAUCUAUUUUGUGGUUAUCACCCUGACUACAGUUGGCAUUGGAGAUUAUGUUGCAGGGGGAAACAGACGAAUAGAUUACCGUAAAUGGUACAGACCUCUUGUGUGGUUUUGGAUCCUGGUUGGACUGGCUUACUUUGCUGCUGUUUUAAGCAUGAUCGGAGACUGGCUGAGGGUACUUUCUAAGAAAACAAAAGAGGAGGUGGGGGAAAUUAAGGCCCACGCUGCUGAGUGGAAGGCCAAUGUUCGAGCAGAGCUUCGAGAAACCAGGCGUCGUCUCAGCGUGGAAGUCCAUGAUAAACUACAGAGGGCCGCCACUAUUCGUAGUAUGGAGCGCAGGCAGCUGGGUUUCGACCAGCGGGCCCAUUCGCUUGACAUGCUGUCACCUGAACGUCGAGCUGCUUUCAACAGCUUGGAUGCCACAAAUUUCAAGACAUCCUCCCAGGAGAGCAUUGAUACCAAGCUAAACAACCUUCGUCUACGAGUUGAGCAGAACGAACAUCGACUAAGUGACCCAAGCCAGGCGUACUCUGAGGAUAACAUCUUCAACCGUCUCAGUUCUGUCACAAAACUAACCAAGAGGAAUAAGAACAAAGAGUUGAAGAAAAACAUCCCAGACGAUGGUCGAAAAGCUUUAGACUCCUUUAGUUGUAAUAAUCCUACGAUGGAUGAAGAGAAGGAGGUAGAGGAUGAUGAGCUUGAUAAAGAGGUGAACAUCAGUCUAACCAGCUUGCCUCUAUUUGUGGAAAGCCCUAAUAAACAAAAUGGAUUCAUUCCUCUGCCACCACGUUCCAAAGAUGAGGAAAAUGAGAAAAAACUUGAAGACAAGGAGUUUCAUUUGCAGAUGGAACCCUAGAGUAAGCAAAGUACACACUGAAAUGGUGGUUAAAAUACUAAUACCAAAAGUGCCUUGUGUAGCCCUUACCGUGUUCUGCUGUUCAUUUAACUGUUCACUGUGUCCUGAAAACUUGAUUAUAGUAAUUUGGCAACAUUAGCACCUGGAAAUCUUUCAGGCAGCUGGUUUACAUCUUCAGUUUCUAUUAAUUAUAAAAAUGGUUGUAUGAAGUCGAGUAGGAAAGAAUCACAUAUGUUGAAAGUUUUUUUGCAAAAGACUGACAGUGCUGCAGCUUGGAAUAAUUCCUGCCCGGCUCAGCUAUAUACUUAAGAUAAUUUGCCUGCAAAACUUAACUGUUUUAAAAGCAGUGUCUGACAUUCAGUCCCAUUCGUUCCAUGUGAAGAAACUUACAGUACCUAAUGACUCACUGAUAUUAAAAAUGAGAAAACCUUGAAUAUUUAAAUAUUGACAUAGUAUAUGCACGAAGCUAUACUUUUCUGUAAAAUAAGUAAGUGCACAGUUAUGUGAUAGAUUAAUGAAGUUAAAAUCUCAGGUCUUGUUGUCCUACUGUAGUAGUUAAAUUGUUUGGCACACUGUGUUACAACAAACAAAUUGCCGCUUUUUCAUGAAAUAUCUGAGGCUGUUUAAAAAAUAUAGUUUUCAUAAUUUGGGAUGGAAGAAAAGCCAUAAGGUAGAAAGACAAAGUAAUGCAUGGAAUGUCUAGCAGAAUUUAAAACCACUGAAUUUUUGUUCAUAUACUGAAUUUUACUGACUUUUGUUCAGAUAUUCUGAAGAGUCUUGACAUUUCCUGUUGCCUUACCACUAGUUGCCUGAUGGUAAUAAUUUCAUAGUAUUGUAACCCCUCCACCAUUUUACAUCAUUAGACUUAAAUAACCAGGGUAGCAUAUUCAUUUUUUGUCAAAUUAAUCAAACGCUAUAAGAAAGAAUGUGUUCAUUUUUGCAAUUUUUUUGUGUUAUGCUAUUUAACACAGUAUGUGUCAUUUUAACAAAUUAUGCGUCAUUUUGUGUUAAAAGUAGCACAAAAUGUGUUGUUCCAAUAAUAACACAGAAAUGUGUGUAUUCUGGAAUAUCGCAUUAGGCGUGUUGUCCCUAAACUAACACUGAUUGUGUUGUUUUUAACACAUCUGUCCAAAGAAUAAAUGCUGCUAGACAUUCUAUGAUUAUGUGUAGGAAGGACAACCUUUGCGAUAUAUAUGAGAUACUUGGGUUUAUCCCAAAGGUGUGUGCAUCCCAAAAGCAUAGCGAAUAUGCGCAUUGCUUUUUAUUUGCUCUAGAUUACUUUCAGGAUAUUAUUGAUUUUUCACAUAACUCACACAAAUGUAAACCGGACAUGGACUCUUUACUUAUUGGCUUGCGCAAUGGCAUCGUGUAAAUUUCAUGCCGGAGUUGAAUUUUUUUAACAGAUGACAUGACAAAAGCAAGUAUUGUAUGUUCGCUGUAAUUCAGCAUUGCGGCAUUUGCAUUACCGGUCAAGAAUUUGUGUCUAUUGACAUAUUUGUUAAUAUUGACUAUAUAUAUAUAUACAGUCUUGUUCAAAAUAAUAGCAGUACAAU